AUGAAGGUCAAAUCUGGUCAAAUCGGAUAUGCCAGAAUCAGAAAAGAAGUCAAGCUAAGAAUCAGAACAGAACCCAAUUCCCUUGUCGGCAUCUUGGCGGUCGAAGAAAGGAUUUCAGGGAGGAUAAAGACAGAUAACAUAAAACAUGACGAUAUUGAUUAUCAGUUUUAUGCCAACAAACUGUCAAAUAUUUUGUCAUUUGCCAAGCCCUCAACGGAACUUCCCAGAAAUCAUGAAAUAAACAUGUCGUACUUAGAAGAGAAACUUAACGAUGUUCAUUUGCACACCUACCACGACGUUCCCGGAUCGCGGCUUGGUCUCGUCACCAUGACAAACGCCCAGAUUAAGAAAAGAAUCUUUCGAUACUUCGACAUGGACAAAGACGUUUCCGCGCGUGCGAUAUCUACCAAAAAGGGCAAGUCUGCAAUACGAUAUCCUUUGAAAACCACUGAGUCUUGGCUGUUUUCGGAUAUACAAAAAGUCAGAGAAAGGGUGACGGACAUGGAAAUAAAGCUUCCCGAGACCUUGGGCACCUGGAUAGUCAAGGGGUUUUCUUUGCACCCUGAAAAAGGUUUGGGCGUCUUCCAAAGUAACUUCACACAAAUCAGAACAAGCAAGCCCUACUCGCUCUUUAUUCAUUUGCCGUACUCAGUGAAACUAGGAGAAACGGUCAAAAUUCCGGUUCUGAUCGUCAACCAUUUACCGGACCUAUUGAAAGUCGAGUUAGCACUGGACUUCGAAGCUAAUGACCUUCGUGAUUCCUUGGAACAUAGUCAAACACAACUAAUGGAAAUCGAGGAGUAUGGAGCCAAAAGCGCGUUCGUAAAUUUCUGCCCCAACUAUACGGGAAACUUUAUUCCUCUCGAAUUUUCAGCAAUCUCUUCAGUUCAAAAUAUUACUGUUGAUAAGUCGCUAAGGGUUAUUAAAGACAAAUUAAAUGUCAGUACCGAAUAUAGCCAUCGCGCUAUCUUAGUGAAUUUAAAGGAGAAUCAGGACUACAAGAGCACCUUCCAAUUUGAUCUCCCAAAUUCCAGAUUGGUCGAGUUUACUUUAUUCAGUGACCCUCUCGGUCCGAUCCUCCAAAACUUGGAUAUUUCAAUACCGGGUGGCACUGGCGAGCUGACCAUGUCUAAAAUGGCAGUUAACUUCUUGGUGUGGAGCUACCUUAAUCGAACCAAAAAGCUCGAUGGAGCUUUGGCCACUCGAAUCAAAAAUAAUUUAAGAGAGGGCUAUCAGAAUAUACUGAACUUUUGGCACAGAGAUGGGAGCUUUAGCUACUUUGACCCUCCGCAAGCCAACGGUUCCAUCUGGUUAACCUCUUACGUCCUGCGUUACCUAAGCGAUAUUGAGGCAGUCAUAUAUAUAGAUCGUUCAAUUCUGCAAAAGGGUUUCGGAUUUCUGCUGAGCCAUCAGCAUGAAGAUGGAAGUUUCACGGAGGAUUUGAAAUACUUUUCAAGGUCCGGCAGUUCUCUUUUCUUCACAUCCAGUGUACUGUUGGCUCUUCAGAAACAAGCCAAGCCCAACACGGAAGCCAUAAGCAAAGCGGUGGCUUUUCUUAGAUCUCAGCUCGAGGAAACAGGCUUAUCACUGGCCAAGUCAAUGGCCAUAUAUGCAUUGCAAAAGUCGCAGGCCCCGGAAUCUGACAAACUUUUGGCGCAACUUAGAUCCGUGGCAAAGCAGGAAAAUUACCAAAUUUGGUGGGCGGAGGAUGUGCAGGACAGAAGCCUUCAAGAUGUGGAGAUCACCUCAUAUGCCCUGCUCUCCCUCAUGAACUCGGAAAUGGAUGUGCCAGAGUCAGCAAUCCGCACCGUUCGAUGGCUUUUGGCCCAGAGAAAUAUUUAUGGAGAAUUCGACUCCAGCCAGAAAUCCGUUAUUGGUCUUACAGCUCUGAUUGAGUUCGCUGAAAAGUGGGGCUACAAUCCAAGCGCUUGGGAAGUGAGCAUCAGCAGCGAAGACAUAUCCCAAAAAUUUAUCCAAAGCAAUCUUUUGACCCAGUCGAUUAACUUCCCUCAAGGCACCAAAUUCCUGGAGGUUCAGGCAAGGGGAACUGGAGCAGCUCUCAUCCAGAUUAGCUAUGCGUAUGACUUCAAGGAAAAAGAGGUUAAUCCAAGCUUCAGUAUUCAGACUACGGUCAAACCGAGUUUGUCAUCGAAAAUGGAGCUGGUCGUGUGCGUGGAGUUCGUGGAGAAGAGCACAAAUGACUCCGAUAUGGUCGUUUUGGAGGUGUCCCUGCCCUCCGGAUACAGCUGGGAUAAAUCAAGCUUUAAGAAUAUUCGUGAUGUCGAAGGAGUUGGGUCCGUUGAUACCAAGAAUGAAGACUCCGUGGUCAUCGUCUACUUUGAAAGUCUGGCCAAGAAUGAAAAUAAAUGCAUUCCCGUCGAGGCGUACAGAACACUUGAAGUGACCAAUCUUAAGCCUUCCAGUGUAGUUAUCUAUGAUAAUUAUGGCCGGAAGGCAACCGAAUAUUAUCAACUUAAAUAGGAGCUCAGCGACUUUA